ACCUCUUUCUUCUUAGCUUCUUUUUUCCUUUUCUCUUCCUCAGAGCCGAAAUAUACUUACAGUGGGGCAAGCAAUUUGGAUUGAGCAAAUAAUGGCUACACACUCAGAUAUGUACGCUGUUAAAUCGCUCAACAAAUCCCCGGGUCGCCGUCGUUUUACUUUCAAGACAUUUUCAGAGCGGAUUGAAGAUGUUGACAUUGAUGUGUACAGAAAUCUCGACCCUUUAAAAGCUGAACCCAAUGAAGGUUCCUCCUUCUUCCGGGAUUGCAUUACAGAAUGGAGAGAAUUAAACACUGCAGAGGAUUUUAUUUCAUUUUACGAGGAAGUAUUUCCCUUGGUACAGACACUACCGCAAAUUAUACUGCAGAAGGAACUGAUAGUCGCAAAACUUCUUUCAAGAUUGGACAUGAAAGGGAGACUAUCCCUUGAGCCAAUCCUCGGGUUGAUUGCAGCCUUAUCUAGAGAUCUCCUGGAGGACUUCUUACCCUUUCUCCAGAGGAUUGCUGACUCUUUGGCGUGUCUUCUCAAAAGUGGUGCUGAUAGAGAACCAGAUAUAAUUGAGCAGAUUUUCAAGUUAUGGUCUUUUAUUAUGAUGUACCUGCAAAAAUAUCUUGUUAAAGAUGUUGUUGAUGUUCUAAAGGUAACCGUACAAUUAAGAUACUAUCCCAAGGAGUAUGUCCACGAAUUUAUGGCCGACUCAGUAUCAUUCAUAUUGAGGAAUGCUCCGGUUAAGCAGCUUAUAAAAGGAGUGAGGAAGCUUAUGUUUGAAGUUGUGAAGAAACCAUUGGAAAUAAGGAAGUCCGCUGUCAGUUCACUAUUGUGGUAUGUUGUGAGAGGAAGCUCCUCAAGGUUACACUCAAGGGCUGAACAAGUGUUGCGCCUACUGAUUGACAAGUCUCUGUUUGUAAUAGGUGAUCAGUUCACAGGGGGUGCUGAGGCUAUUCUUGAAGUUCUUGGUCUAGCACUGCAGAGAUUAUGUGAGGAAUUGGAAGCUACAGAGUUGGAGUUGAUGUGGGUUUGCUUAUAUGAGGAGAUAACUGAGUGUGUAUCUCAAGGCCACCUAUUGCACCUCGGUCGCCUUUUGUGCCUUCUUGUUUCUACCCUGCAAGCUAGUUACAUUCAGAAAAUUUCUGAUUACCAAGAGGUGCUUCAAUUGAUCCAGUUACUUGUACAGACUUACAUUCUGCCUUAUCCUACUGUGAAGGCAAUUGAUCAAACAUCAAACAUUGUUGACAAAGUUAUGCAGUCAAUACUUUGCAUUCUUGAUGGUCUAUAUAGAGCUAAUAAUAUUUCUACUCUCUCUUCUGUUUCAAUGCAAUGGGCGCCUGUGUUUGAUUUGAGGAAUAAGAGUUUGCUGUCUUUUGUCGAAGAUCUCCUAUUGAAGGACCCUUGCAUUGUCCAUUUCUUCAGAGCUCGCAUUAUAAGUGCAUUAACUGAUAUGAUUGAGAUUUCAGAAGAAGAGGUUAUACAUUUGCUGCAGAUCUUUUUUAAGAGGCUGCCAGUACAAGGGCAUAGCUUCUUUGAUGAAGUUCCAAAUGAGAAGCUUUCAAGAAUUCACAGUUUUGUACAAGAAACCAUUGGCCGCUGGAUUCGGCGGAUACAAAAGAAACCAUAUUCUAUCCAAAUUGAAGAAAAUGAGUUGGCCAUACUGUGGGGAAUCAUAGGCUGUUAUCCUUAUAUAGUAGGUGGUUCAGCGAACGAGUCAUUGCUAAUGGACUUGGUUAAUGCUCUAGAUGAGCUUUUGAGUACUGAAUCUGCUGACAUUUCUGGUCAUCCCAGAACUACCUGGCAGAGCUUGGUUGGUGCUGCAUUGGGUUCUUAUUGUAAGUCACUGGCCAAUCAAAAUUCCCGAUGUGAUGAUUCUGUCGUAAGCAGGUUCUUAGAUCUGGCAAGGAAGCACAAGACAUGUUCUCAAGUGUUGUCUCCAGUAGCUGAUUUUUUGGAUUCAGUUUGUGGGUCCAUAAUCCAAGCUGAUGCAAGCACUAAAAAGUAUCACCCAGAGCUUGUAGUGAGUAAGUUGGUGGAUGCCUUAGGCGUGUUUGCUGCAAAUUUGAGCCACCACGACAAGAGUUUGCGGCUUUCGACCUUGAGAAUAUUGUGCCACUACGAACGUUUGACUGAUGUCACUUCUAGUAAUGAACAACCCCUUGAGAAGAAAAUGAGAAUGGAUAAUCCUCAGACCACUCUUGUGGACUACCAUGGCAAUAAUGUGAUUCAUCUCCUACUUUUGAUUGAAGAAACGCCGCUUUCUAUUGCAACCAGUAGAAAAGUCAUCCUACUGAUAUCCAAAAUACAGAUGAGUUUAUCUGCUGGAAGGGUAGCUGAAAAGUAUAUGCCUGUUGUUUUCAGUGGAAUUGUUGGAAUUUUUCAUAACCGCUUUAGCUAUUUGUGGAACCCAACAUUGGAGUGCAUGGCUGUCCUCCUUAGUCAAUACUUUGGGCUGGUGUGGGACAGAUAUAUUGAGUACCUUGAUCAUUAUCUGUCUGUUUUUCUGGGCUCUCAUGAUGAAGCUGCUCAAAGCAAGGGGGAUUCGUUAGAAACGACUAAGAAUUUGAAUGGAAGCUUCAGGUCUUAUGUCUGUUCAGUGUCUGAUGGUGCGUCGUGUGCAACAGUUUUUUCUUUGUUGAUUCAGUGCUUACAGAGAAUUCCUUCUGUUGCUGAAUCGCGUUCACGACAAAUCAUACCUCUGUUCUUGAAGUUUCUAGGCUAUAGUAUUGAAGAUCUUAAAUGUGUGGAAUUAUACAAUCAGGAGGGUUGUAAGGGGAAAGAGUGGAAAAGUGUUCUUCAAGAAUGGUUGUCCUUAUUCAGACUGAUGCGAAACCCUAGGUCUUUUUAUCUCAAUCAAUUCUUCAAGGAGGUUUUGCUGUACAGACUUCUCGAGGAAGAUGAUGCUGACUUGCAAAAUAAGGUCCUUGAUUGCCUGUUAAAUUGGAAAGAUGACUUCUUACUUCCGUAUGAUCAGCAUCUAAAAAAUCUGAUCAAUUCAAAAAGUCUAAGGGAGGAGCUCACGACAUGGAGCUUAUCUAGGGAAUCAGAUCUUGUUGAUACAAGGCAUAGAGCUUUCCUUGUGCCUGUUGUUAUCAGAGUACUGUCUCCAAAAGUCAGAAAGUUAAAGGCACUCGCUUCUCGUAAGCAUGCAAGUAUCCAUCAUCGAAAGGCGAUUCUUGGCUUCUUAGCUCAGCUAGAUGUUGAAGAGCUUCCUCUUUUCUUUGCUUUGCUGAUAAAACCCCUUGUAUCUGCUUCACAAGGUGCUGCAGCAAAGAGUGCAUGGCCUUGGACUACAUCUGAAACUCUACAGCAAGGGCUUGACUCAUUAAGUGUCUUGGAGCAUUUUUCCAGAGAUUGUAUCAAUGCCAUUUCAUGGAAGAAGAGAUAUGGUUUUCUACAUGUAAUUGAGGAUAUUGUAGCUGUUUUUGAUGAAGGGCACAUUAGCCCUUUUCUUGAUCUGUUAAUGGGAUGUAUUGUGCGUCUCUUGGAUAGCUGUACAUCAACUCUUGAAGGCACACGAAAUGAUGGGGGACUGGCUGAUUAUGGUCGCCAAGUAGAGGAUAAAAUCAUGACAAACAUUGCUGCAAAGCAGUGCAAGGAUUUGAGAUCUUUAUGCCUGAAGAUCAUCUCUUUUAUCCUUAGCAAAUUCGAAGAUCAUGGUUUCAGUCCUGAAUUUUGGGAUUUGUUCUUUGUGUCAGUAAAACCCUUAGUUGCUAGUUUCAAACAGGAAGGUGCUAGUAGUGAGAAGGAAAGCUCGUUAUUUUCUUGUUUUCUGGCUAUGAGUAGAAGUUCCAAACUUGUGCCUCUGUUGUCCCGAGAAAAGAAUCUUAUACCUGAUGUAUUUUCGAUGCUAGCAGUCUCAACAGCAUCGGAUGCCAUCGUUUCCUCGGUUCUUAAGUUUGUGGAGAAUCUUUUAUAUCUUGAUGUUGAGCUAGGUAAUGAAGACAACUCGCUUAGGAGAUUAUUGCUUCCUCACAUUGAUGUACUAGUAUGCAGUUUGCAUCAUCUUUUUGUACAUGAUGGUGCACAUAAGAGGAAGAUUGUCAAAUAUCCUGGGGAAAAAGAGCUCAAUGUAUUCAAGCUUUUAUCAAAGCACGUAAAGGGACCAUUGGCUGCAAGGAAGUUUCUUGAUAUCUUGCUUCCUCUUCUGUCAAAGAAAUCCAAAGACCCUGAGAUUUGUGUAGGCACUUUACAGAUUAUUAAGGAUAUUGUAGAACCAUUGGGUAGUGAAAGCAGUAAAAAGAUCGUCAAAUCUGUUUCUCCACUCGUAAUUUCUGCUGGCUUGGAUGUCCGCACUUCUAUUUGUGAUGUUCUUGAUGCUGUCGCAGGGAAUGAUUCUUCUGUACAUGCUAUGGCAAAUCUUCUUCGUGAAUUGAAUGCCACGUCUACUGUAGAGUUGGGUGACCUUGAUUAUGAUACCGUGAUUGCUGCUUAUGAAAAGAUAAGUGCAGAUUUUUUCCACACUGUCCCGGAAGAGCAUGCAUUGAUUAUUCUGUCACAUGCUAUACAUGAUAUGUCAUCCGGGGAUCUUAUUUUGAGACAGAGUGCAUAUAGAUUGCUGCUUUCGUUUGUUGAGUUUUCUAGUCAAAUACUCGAUAGAGAGUUGAAAUCUGAACAAGAAUCUUCUGGAUCCUGGGUUAGGCAUAUCCUAAGCAACUUCUUUUUGAAGCACAUGGGUACUGCAAUGAACAAAGAAGAUACAAUCCAGAAGGUAUGGAUCGAUCUACUUCGAGAUAUGGUCCUGAAGCUUCCAACAGUGGAAGACUUCAAAUCAUUUGCAGUUCUUUACAGUGAAGAUCCAGAGCAGGACUUUUUCAACAAUAUUGUGCAUUUGCAAAGACACAGGAGAGCAAGGGCUUUGUUACGCUUUAAGAAUGUCAUCAGUUCUGGAAAUUUGUCUAAGGUUCUCAUAAAUAAAGUGUUUAUCCCUCUUCUCUUCAAAAUGUUGCUUGAUGGGCAAGUUGGAAAGGGUGAAAAUAUUAGAAGUGUAUGUUUGGAAGCUGUUGGAUCAAUUUCUAAAUUCAUGGAGUGGAGAUUGUAUUAUGCAUUACUCAAUAGAUGCUUUCGGGAGAUGACACUGAAACCAGAUAAACAAAAGGUGUUAUUGCGGUUAAUAGGCUCCAUUUUGGACCAGUUCCAUUUCUCAGAGACUCAUCCUGAUCAUGUCACCAAGGAUUCUAUGCAAGGUAUUCAAAAUACUUGUUUGUUAGAGUCAGGCAAAGUCAUUGGCUCUUCUGAACUUGCGGAUAUACAAAUGUGCCUCCAAAAGGAUAUGCUUCCCAGGGUACACAAAAUGUUGACUGCUGAUACUGAUAAUCUCAAUGUAAACAUCAGUCUAAUUCUGCUUAAGUUGCUCAAGCUACUUCCUGGAGACAUCAUGGAAUCACACCUUCCAUCUAUAAUGCAUCGCAUUGCGAAUUUCCUUAAGAAUCGUUUGGAAAGUGUUCGUGAUGAAGCCAGAGCUGCUUUGGCUGCUUGUUUAAAAGAACUAGGAUUGGAGUACUUGCAAUUUGUUGUCAAAGUAUUGAGAGGCACUCUAAAGAGAGGGUUUGAAUUGCAUGUUUUGGGAUUCACUCUCAAUUUUCUACUAUCAAAAUUUCUUCUAAAUCCCAGUAGUGGGAAGUUGGAUUAUUGUUUAGAGGAUCUUCUCUCGAUUGCAGUAAAUGAUAUACUUAGUGAUGUUUCAGAGGAGAAAGAGGUUGAGAAGAUUGCUUCAAAGAUGAAAGAGACUAGGAAGCAAAAGUCAUAUGAUACCCUCAAAUUGAUAGCCCAAAGCAUCACAUUCAAAACGCAUGCUCUGAAGCUGCUUGCGCCAAUUCUUAAGCAUCUACAAAAGCAGCUGACUCCAAAAGUAAAAUCAAAAUUUGAGAAUAUGUUCUCUCAUAUAGCUGCUGGAAUACAGUGCAAUCCUUCUGUAAACCAGACGGAACUCUUUAUCUUUGGAUAUAGUCUUAUUAAAGAUGGCACAAGAAAUGAAUCUCCUGGGCAUGCAGAGACACCAACUUUAAUGGAAGGUAAGCAAAAGAAAGAUGGAGUAAGCAGCCAGAUUGCUAAAUCAGAUAAGUUGGUCAGCAUUGAUCCACGAUAUUCCCAUCUUAUUACCGAAUUUGCUCUUGGAGUGCUUCAGAAUUACAUGAAGGACAUGAAAUUUGACAAGAAAGAUGAGCAGUUGUUGUCAAUGCUGGAUCCAUUUGUAAGAUUAUUGGGUGAAUGCUUGAACUCAAAAUAUGAGAAUGUCAUGUCUGCCUCACUUAGGUGCUUAUCUCCUCUGCUGAGGCUCCCUUUGCCAUCACUUGAAUCUCAGGCGGAGAAGAUAAAGAAUUCAUUACUGAAUAUUGCUCAAGGUUCAGUAACUUCCAGUAAUCCAUUAUUGGAGUCUUGCGUUAAAUUGCUAACUGUGCUUUUGCAUAGCACUAAGAUCACACUUUCUACGGAUCAACUGCAUAUGCUAAUCCAGUUUCCUCUUUUUGUUGAUCUUGAAAGAAAUCCCACUUUUGUUGCUCUCUCACUGUUAAAAGCAAUAGUGAGUAGGAAGUUGGUAGUUGCAGAAAUCUAUGAUAUAGUUAACCGUGUUGCAGAGUUGAUGGUGACUAGUCAAGUUGAAUCAAUUCGUAAGAAAAGCAGCCAAAUUUUGCUGCAGUUUUUACUGGACUACCAUAUAUCCGAGAAACGCCUUCAACAGCAUCUUGAUUUCUUACUUUCAAACUUAAGAUAUGAGCAUUCAGCUGGAAGAGAAGCCAUCCUUGAAAUGCUUCAUGCUGUUAUAAUGAAAUUCCCAGUUAGCAUCAUAGAUGAACAAUGUCAAACGUUUUUUCUGCAUUUGGUGGUUUGUCUAGCGAAUGAUCAUGACAACAGAGUCCGUUCAAUGACUGGUACAGUCAUAAAGUUACUUGUUGGACGAGUCAGCCCCCGUUCACUCCAGUCAAUUCUUGAGUUUAGUCGAUCCUGGUAUCUGGGAGAUAAAACACAUUUAUGGAGUGCUGCAGCACAGGUUUUGGGGUUACUCAUUGAGGUACUUAAAGAUGGUUUCCAAAAGUAUAUUGAUAGCCUCUUGCCUGUUAUGAGAAACAUCUUGCAAUCUGCUGUUAAUGUUAUUGCAAAUAAGCAAGUGGAUCUACCCAAUGAUGCAACGAUUUCAUCUUGGAAGGAAGCAUAUUAUUCACUGGUUCUGUUUGAAAAGAUAUUAAAUCAAUUUCCUAAGUUGUGCUUCAGAAAGGAUCUUGAGGAUCUGUGGGAAGCAAUAUGCCUGCUGCUUUUGCAUCCGCAUAUGUGGUUGCGCAACAUAUCAAACCGUCUUGUAGCUUGCUACUUUGCCACUGUGACCGAGGCUUGUAAAGAAAACCUUGAACUGCCACAAGGAACUUACUUUUUGAUGAGGCCAAGUAGACUUUUCUUCAUAGCUACUUCUCUUUGUUGUCAGCUGAAGGUGCUGCAGACUGAUGCUGCUGCCAGUGAUCUCAUUACUCAAAAUCUUGUCUUUUCAAUUUGCUCUCUGCAUUCAUUCUUAGGAAAAAAUGAAUGUACAGAUAAGUUCUGGUCCACCAUUGAACAUGACGAGCAGGGUCUUCUACUUAAGGCUUUUCAACAGCUUGAUUCAAGGAAAGGGAGAAACAUCUAUCUAUCUCUUGUGUCUGACCUUAGCGAUCAAGAAGAUGAAAGCCAGCGCUUCUUGGUCAUUUCUUAUUUGCUUAAGACAAUGGGAAAGAUUUCCCUUCAUGUGGAGGAUAUGCAGAUGAAAGUUAUCUUCAAUUGUUUCAAAUCAGUAUCACCAAAGCUUAUAGAUCAGAGUAGAUUGUUGUCCCCUGAAGGUGAGGUGGAUUGCCAAAGCUUUGCAUAUCAUAUGCUGUUGCCCCUGUACAAAGUUUGUGAAGGAUUUGCCGGAAAAGUUAUAUCAGACGACGUGAAACAACUGGCUGAAGGAGUGCGUGGGAGCAUAAGCAAUGUUAUAGGAAUGCAGAGUUUUGUCCAAAUCUACAGUCAUAUAAGGAAGAAUAUCAAAUCGAAGAGGGAUAAGAGGAAACAAGAAGAGAAGGUCAUUGCUGUGGUUAAUCCAAUGAGAAAUGCCAAGAGGAAGCUGAGGAUUGCAGAAAAGCACAAAGCACACAAGAAGAGGAAAAUGAUGGCAAUGAAGAUGGGAAGAUGGAUGUAGUGCUACUAUAGGGGUACAAAGCCAUUAUUAGGUAUGAACAAUGGAGCAUCAAUCUUCGAUAGCAAUAGCUUCUAUAGAAAAUUUUGUUUAAUUUAUGUAAUCAACUUUUCCAUCGUAUAGUGCUAGUUUCGUUGAGUUGCACUAAAACUUAGUUAAAAGAAUUGAAUCAACUUUUUCAUUGUAUAGUGAAUAUAGUGGCUUUUUGAUUAAACCUACAACAAUGCCAGAGAACAUUGUAAGUGAUUGAACAGUGUAAUUUGAGGAUUUUUAGUAAUGGGAAGUCUUGGAGAAGAAUCUUCUUCCUA